GCUAAUCACCAGGAAGCGAUGUUGGUGGCAUCGAUAGCGGGUCUCCGCUAGAGGAUUCUCCGCGACUCGUGCCACUCGCGCGGAGGAGGCAGAAGGGGGCGAAUCCUUUCUCUUCCUCUUCGUCGUCCUCUUCUCCUAUUUCCCUUGUUUUACCCUCUGUCGGAUUAAAUUGCGGAGAGGAGAUGAGGUUGGUGGGACUGACGGGCGGGAUCGCGUCCGGGAAGAGCACGGUCUCCAAUCUCUUCAUAUCUGAAGGCGUUCCCGUCGUCGACGCCGACGUCGUUGCCCGGGAUGUGGUGAAGAAGGGAACGGGUGGUUGGAAGAAAGUGGUAAAAGCAUUUGGGAACGAUAUUUUACUAGAGAAUGGAGAAAUUGAUAGAGCACGGUUAGGUCACAUUGUCUUUACAGAUCCAGCAAAACGCCAACUUCUGAACCGUUUAUUGGCUCCAUAUAUUUCCUCGGGCAUCUUUUGGGAGGUAUUCAAGCUGUGGAUAAAAGGGUCAAAGGUUAUCAUUCUAGACAUCCCAUUGUUGUUUGAGACCAAAAUGGAUCAACAAACAUCUCCUGUUAUUGUUGUAUGGGUUGAUCCUGAAACCCAGAUAAAACGCUUAAUGGCAAGAGAUGGCAUACCUGAAGAACAAGCCAAAAAUAAAAUCAACGCACAGAUGGCACUGGACCAGAAGAAGACCAAGGCAAAUAUAGUCAUUGAUAAUUCUGGCACAAUUGAAGAAACAAGACUACAAUUCCAGAAGGUUUUGAACCAAAUCAGUCGACCUCUAACAUGGAAAGAAUAUGCUCUAUCCAGAGACGGCAUCUUUUUGCUUCUUACAUCUGCGGUGGUAGGUGUUUUGGCAGUACGCAAAAAUUUACCUUGAUGAUAGAUUUAACUGACAUCUUUGUCAACUUUCUGAAUGGUUUGCCACCAGUAUUUAUUUGGUUUAAUGUCACAUUGUAUUGUAUCGUGAUGUCAUUGUCAACAAAGUUUAGGCGAUGGGGAAUGUGCACACAGGCAACCUGUUAUCCUGCUCAAUGCAAUUGUCACUACAUUUUGUGGUUUUUUCUCACCAUUACUGAACCCUGUUUGUGUAUUUGACCUCAAAAUGGUCAAAAAUAUAAUUUCUUUGGUGAGUCAAAUUUAUUUUUCUCUUGAUUA